AUGGUGUCCUACGAACAACAUGAAUCGCCAACAGUCCCACAUCAUGUCCAUCCGACUCCCGUUUUACCAUUAACAGAAAAGAUCCCUUCAUCAUGUCAUAUUCUCAUUGCUGGCGGUGGAAUUGUAGGACAAUCCGUUGCUUAUCAUUUAAGUCAAAUCGGUGUUGAAGACAUUUUAUUAAUCGAAAAAUCAAAAUUAGCAUCUGGUGCAACAUGGCAAAGUUCAGGACAGGGUAUUCAUCUGCAGAAUACAUUAAUUCAAACGCAUUUAACGAAAUAUUCAAAACAAUUAUACGAGAAACUGGAAAGAGAUGGACAUGAUAUCGGUUAUGCGGAGAAAGGUAGUGUAUGGGUUGCCCAAACAUCGGAUCGUUUACAUACGUUAAAAAGGCAAUAUGCCACAAUAAAACCAUUAGGAAUUGCCUGCGAGAUAUUAAAUUUGGAGAAAAUCAAAGAAAAACUACCGAUUAUUGAUCCACAUGAAAUUUGGGGUGGUCUUUGGGUAAAGGAUGAUUUUAUGGUUGAUCCGGUAUCACUUGCUUUAACAUUUGCUAAAUUAGCGAUCGAUAACGGCGUGAAAAUAGUAGAAGAUUGUUCUGUUAAAGAGAUAUUGACUGAAAAACAACGCGGUGGCCAAUAUGAUCGUGUGACAAGCGUUGUGACAUCUCAAGGGGAUAUCAAAUGUGAUGUAUUUAUAAACUGUACAGGAUUGUGGGCCCGAGAACUCGGAUACCAAUCUUCACCUGGUGUGCGUAUUCCUACACAAGCUUGUGAAUAUAUGUGUUUAAAAACAAAACCAAUAGCGAACUUUCCGAAAGACACUCCGAUUGUUCACGAUCCAGACGAACGUUUUUACAUUCAACCAUUGGCGGAUCAAAGUGUAUUGAUUGGUGGUUUCCUACGAGAAUCUAAACCUAUCUUUUCAAACGGUGUUCCAGAAACAUUUAAUUAUUCACUUUUACCCGAAAACUGGGAUGAUUUUCAUUGGAUAUUAAAUAAUGCUCUCAAACGAUUGCCAAUACUGGGAGAUAGUGAAUACGAAAAUUUAAUAACUGGUGCUGAUAGCUAUACACCUGAUGGUCGGCUGAUUAUGAAUGAAUCUGCUGAAAUCGAUAAUUAUUUUGUUGCAUCGGGUACAAAUGGUAAUGGAAUAGCUGUUGCUGGUGGUGUUGGCAAAUAUAUUGCCGAAUUAAUACACACAGGAAAUACCGAGCAGAGCACAUGGCCAAUCGAUAUUCGUCGUUUUAUGCGUUUACACACCAACAAACGAUUUUUAAAAGACCGUCUUCGCGAAAUUCCUGGUAUGAUUAACAUUGUCUAUGGAAAUGAAUUGGAAGAGUUUGUUUUAGGCAAGCAAUAUUCGUUAAAAUAUCCAACGUAUGGAAUGUCAUUGUAUCGAACAGGGAGAAAGCUGCGUGUUUCAGCAUUACAUCCAAAAUUACAGGCAGCUGGCGCUGUUUUUGGCGAGGUUCUUGGAUAUGAACGGCCUUUAUUCUUCAACUUGGACGAAUUUGAAAAACGAGAAAAUCUCGAUGAUCUUAGUAAACAGGGCACAUUUGGUAAAGCACGCUGGUUCAAUAUCGUCAAAAGAGAAUAUAAUGCGUGUCGAAAAGGUGUAGCUGUCAUCGAUAUGACAUCCUUUACAAAGUACGAAUUAAAAUCAGCCAACCGAAGUGUAAUCGACUUUUUACAAAUGCUUUGCGCAAAUAAUAUCGAUAAACCUAUUGGCACAGUGGUUCACACUGGAAUGUUAAACGAACAAGGUGGAUACGAAAACGAUUGUUCUGUUAUACGACUAGACGAUUAUCAUUUUCUUCUCAUAAGUCCAACGUCUCAAUCGACUCGAAGUAUGAAAUGGUUGAAAUCUCAUGUUCCGGAAGAUGGAUCUGUAUUUCUUUCGGACGUGACAUCACUUUAUACUGCAUUGAAUGUGAUUGGACCCAAAGCGAAAUAUUUAUUAGCGGAACUAAGUGAUGAAAACUUUAACGACUUCUCAAGAAUGACUUGUCGGGAAAUCGAUGUCGGCUUUGUCAGUCAUAUUUAUGCAAUGAGAUUAACGCAUACAGGUGAAGACGGCUUCAUGCUUUAUAUCCCAUCUGAGUAUGCAUUAUGUGUAUAUGAACAAUUGAUGGAACAGGGGAAGGAUUAUGGAAUUAUUAAUGCAGGUUAUUUUGCUCAGCGAACACUUCGUAUCGAAAGAAUGUAUGCAUUUUGGGGUCAAGAUAUUGAUAAAAAGACAACACCAUUUGACUUAAAUCGCGAAUUUCGUGUUUCAUUUGAUAAAGAAUUUAUCGGCAAAGCAGCUUUACUGAAACAAAAAAGCGAAGGUAUACAAAAACGGUUUAUCCAAUUUCUUCUUGAAGAUCACGAUAUGGAUCUUGAUCCAUGGCCAUGGAGUGGUGAACCGAUUUAUCGAAAUGGAGAAUUCUGUGGCUUUGUUACUUCGACAGCUUAUGGUUUUACACUUGGAAAACAAGUGUGCUUGGGUUACGUUCAUGCACCAAAAGGAGAAAAAAUAACGACGGAUUAUAUUCGCGGAGCCACGUAUGAGAUUGACAUUGCAACAAAACGUUUCAGAGCGCGUCCUAAUCUGUAUCAGCCAUCUGAAAUGGGUCCUACCGUUCAACUUAGUACACCUUAG